AUGUAUCUCGAUAUAAAUCAAACUAAGCUACCCACCGAAGCCAGUAAGGGCUGGUUCGAACCAUAUAUUCGAGACUACUACGAGAAAGAACCUAGCGAGUGGUUAACCACCACUACCGAAGUCUUCGGAGGAUACUAUAACUUCCGCAAGCACCUUAAGCGAACAUUCGGAGACAUCGACGCAGCGAGAACGGCUGAGCGUAAAUUGCAGAAAAUCAGGCAACAGACCAGCGCAUCGGUGUACGCCUCCGAGUUCCAGCAAAUCAUUUCGUAUCUAGAUCUGCCCGAUCGAGCGUAUAUUCCGUACUUCGAGGCAGGACUCAAACCCGAUGUCAAGGACGAACUGGCUAGGAUCGAUAGGCCAGAUACCCUAGACAAACUCAUUAAGAUCGCGGUCAAGAUCGACAACCGCAUCAACGAACGAAAGUACGAACGACGAGAAAUGGAUUAG